CACAAAUCAUAAAAUUUAUUCUGGUGUAGAGGACUUCAUCAUCUUCCUUCCCAGCAAACUCUCUUCGUCUAUCUCAUACAUUUAAACACGCAUAUUUAACAAUCUUCCUAUAACUCAAGAAAAUGCUGUAUUUUAUGCAUGCCGGUCGACUUGUCUUGGCAUAUGUGUUCAUCGUGUCGGCUUGGAGAGAGUUUCAUGGACUCUACCUUGAUGGUGGAUUAGCUGCCGAUGAGUUACUAAAACUUAGUUUGUAUCAGUACAUAGUUCGUCUUGGUAUACUGAUGAGGAUAUUUGGAGGGAUCUUGUCCAUCUUCAACACCUACCUCGGAGCUUUUCUCUUGCUUAUAUACCAAGCUAUAGUGUGCCCGAUUUUGCACGAUCUCUUCAGCAGCGAACUUGUACAAUUUCAACAAUCAGUCAAAAAUUUCCUACAAAACGCUCAAAGAUUUUGUGAGCAAGGUGGAGUUCAACGGAAAUUAUGCGAUCAAAUAAGUAAGUACUAUGUGAAUGAGACGAUGUCACCGGAUGAUAAUGAAAUACUGGCCACGUGCUACUAUGACUCAAUGGUUGAGGAACAAGGGCGCCAGAAAUUUUGCAAUCAAAUAAACGAGAUUGAGAGAAUGGUCAUAUCGAAUCCUCUGCUUGCACCGAACGAGAUGAGCUCGUUCAUAUGGAGCGAAUUUAACAUACUGUUCAUGAAGUUUAUUAAGGGCUUUGGAAUAGUAGCUGCGUUGGUGUGCAUCAUCGCAAUGAAGCAUAGGUUUUCCACGAAACGCAAAACUAAUUGAGAGCCACUAUGGAUUUUUCACUUGUUUCUUAAACAAACAAGGGACCUAUAUAAGUUUUUCAAUAAUUUUUUU